UUUGUCUCAACAUAUGUUUAAACUAGAAUGAAUAUUUCCGAAAUAUAACGUCAUCUAUAUAAGAGUGAAUUUACUUGUUAAAUGACAACUACGAGCUGCAGUAGAUUCACGCAUUCUUUUGUUAACUGGAGGUAUUUCCUUUACUUUCUGUUUGAUGAACAAUGUCAGACACGGAAGAUGUAACUGCGAUUUCAUUUGACUUGGAAACUAGCACAGACGAAGAUGACGAAGAAAGUGAUGAAGAUGUUUCAACCUGGUCUGAUGUUUCAACAGAAUACAAAAAUGUCAAAAUACAUGUCAUUAAGGGCGCUUUGGAAAAUGAAAAGGUCGAUGUGAUCGUAAACAGUACUUCUAAGAAUUUGAGAUUGACCUCCGGACGGAGUUCUCGGGCAUUAUUAGAAGCGGCCGGAAAAGAGCUUCAGAAAGAGUGCAGCGAGAAGUACCCCCAGGGGAUAACCAAGAGUGACCUAGCCGUGACUGGACCGGGAAAACUCAACUGCAAAAUCGUCUGUCAUGGUUCUCUCCUGAAAUAUGGAUCACAAGAUGCCGAAAAGAUACAUAUGCAGUUUAUCACUAAGUGUCUGAAGGAACUGAACAAUCGAGGCUUUUCCAGUAUAGCCAUCCCAGGACUGACUACGGGAUUUCUCCAGUUUCCGAAGGAUUUGGCAGCCACAAACACGUGCCGUGCCGUGGGAAGGUACAUCGACGACAAUCCCAACACCACCCUGAGGGAGGUUCACCUAGUUAUUCACCCCGAGGAUAAAACUACGCUAAAGGCUUUUGCUGAUGCGGUUAGGAAUUGGAGUCUCAGUCUGAAUACAGAGAUCGAAAGGAAAGAGUUGUGUCGAUUCAAAAUAAAGAAGAUCUCAGUGCUGAUUAAAGUAGACAAACUUGAGGAGGAGCAGGUUGACAUGAUUGUCAACAGUGUGGACAAAACAUUGAACUUGGACACUGGUACACUUUCCAAAGUCAUAGCAGCCGCUGCUGGCCAGACAGUCAAAGACGAGUGUCAUAAAAACCAUCCGUCUGGCAUAACCGAGGGCAGCGUUGUCGUCACGUCCGCCGGAAACUUAAAGUGCAAGAAAAUUUGUCACUCAUGUGUUCCUCCGCAUAAACCAGACAAUACCUCCAAAAAGAAUAUUCAAGACAUUGUUGUUAAAUGUCUGGAAAAGGCAGAGCAAGAUCAAAUGGUUUCUGUAUCUUUCCCGGCUCUUGGAACCCGCUACAGACACCAUCCCGCCAAGACAACAGCUCAAGGGAUGUUAAGUGGAAUUGAAGAGUUCUCAAAAUCCCACACCAGUACCUCUGUAAAACAGAUUCACAUAUUGAUAUAUGGAGAUCGGCACACAGAGAUAUCCAAGGCUUUCGUUGACGAAUCUGUCGGGUAUCAAGGUGCCUCUGCGGAGCCUGAGCGCUGGACACCUGAGUACUGUCGCCAACAGUACCAUAAAGACCUCUGUCCACCCGAAUACUGGACGACUUUCACUUCAGACAAAUCUAUAAAGCUGUGGAAGACUGAGUGUGAUCAAGAUUACCACAAGCUAGUAGAUGUGGAUUCUGUAACAGAGAAAGCUGUGGAGAAGCUCGUCCUAUCUACGUGGCAGCAACAGAAAUUGGGUCAUGGCAGAGAUGCCGCUGGCUUGUCUAACUUAAAGUAUUCCGGCCUUAAAGUUUUGAAGGUUCAAAGGCUGGAAAAUAUCGACCUGUAUGAAAACUACGCUCAUUUUAGAGCGCGGUUAUUCCACAAGGCAGGUGAUAUAGGGGUGUUCGAGCAGUUAGACGGUGUGUCUCAAAGUUCCAAAAACAUCGCUACAACAGAACAUCUGGACGAGGAUUCUAUUCUUAAAAGUGAACUAUUCCCUGAAAUAAACGAACAUUUUCUUUUUCACGGAACCAAGGCCGAUACAUACAAGAAAAUCCUUUCACAAGGCUUAGAUUUCCGUAUGGCAGGCGAAAAGGGCAUGUUUGGUCAAGGAAUGUAUCUUGCCGAAAGUUCAACGAAAGCAGAUCAGUAUACAGAUCCCAAAACAGACAGAACAAAAGACGAAAAGAAAAUGUUUUUGGUCAGAUCAUGUCUUGGUAAAGUUCACCUGACUCAAGUUGCCAAGCCCAAGCUUCACAGGCCUCCUUGUUUUCAGUCCGGCUGCGAAUCCGACUCGUGUGAACAUUCCGAGUUUGAGCGCUGUGAUAGUGUUGUUGGCGAAGGAGCUUGGAUAUUCCGAGAAUUUGUUACGUACCAUCAAUACCAAAACUACCCCGAGUAUCUCAUCACUUAUAUUAGAACGUGAUGGAAUGUAGACGGAUAAAGUAUAGGAUUUUGGAACUCUCUAGAAAAAGAAACUACGAAAAUUAUGCGUCACAUGGACAAUUCCUAAAUUAUGUACCAAUAUCAGAAUGUUUUAAGUGAAUAUAGAGUGCCAAAAUGUAUUGUUAGAUUAAACUCACUUUGUUAAAUUAUAACAGUAGUUAUUGAAAUCGAUGUCGUAUAUACAUGAAUGUACAAAUAAACACCACAUUGUACCAACA